CAUGGGUCUGUGAAGUUAUACCACCGUACGCAACCAACAGAGGUAAUAUGGAAGAGUACGCGUCACUUCCGUCAAAUCGAGGUUAGCGAGGAAAACGGCAAUCUGUAAAAACCGGAAUAAGAAUGAAGCAAUGUGAAUCACUGAAGAAUAUCCUGUGGGGAUCACUACUUUUUCUACAGGAUUGAUGACCAUGUGCACAUCAAAAAACGCAGACAAUGAUUCCCCAACGUUUCCAGAACUUCCCUUUCCUUUAACAAUGUCCUUCAUCGAGAACUGUAUUUACAGAGGCGAAGGGAAUGCUAACGUCGUUAUAGCACUGCCACAAGAGCACCAAGUAAUUCGAUUCCGGAAGUCGCUGCCGGACAAUGUUUCACCAGAUGGCGGCAAACAACGAGCCGAACGUGAAGUGGAAUUCGUGAGAUUCGUGGCUUCCUCUUUUUUGGGGCAGUACACGCAAAUUCCUGAGAUUCUUCGUCAUGAUAUGAAAGAUAUUACCCGACUUAUGGAAGUCAUUCAACCUCUUCGACCAGAUAAACGCCGCAAUAAGGAAAUCACAGAGACAUACGCCACAAAAUUUCCAGAUUACACAUUUCUUCGAACAAAAUACGAUUCCACUCUUUUCCGAAGCAACGAUACAUAUUGCGUUGAAAUUAAACCAAAACAAGGCUAUUUGAGAGACAUUGAUUGGAAAUUUCAAAAGUGUCCUUAUUGUCUGACACAAUAUUAUAAGCUGAAAAAGAAAAUUAUUACAUCUCGUAGCACUUAUUGUCCGUUUGAUCUUUUUUCGGGAGUAGAAGAACGCAUGAAAUCAGCGCUGAAAGGACUUUUAAAAUCACCACAAAACAAUCUGAAAAUUUUUAAGAAUGGCAUUGUGGUUUACGAUCAAGAAUCAUUGCCAAACGGUCUUAAAUGUGUCUUAACGGAAUGGUUUCACAAUUCUGUCAAUUCUGCCAACAAAGAAUAUGUUGACAAAUUCUGUAAUUUAAUUUGUGCUGCUCUUUUGCAUCCAUUUAGUUCAGAAGAAUUUAAGUCAAAUACAUCUCCUGCACACGAAUUAUGCAUAUCUACUGACCAAGAUUUGAGGGCAGUCCAAUAUAUAAAGUCUGAUCUAGUUGCAAAAGUCAAGAAAUUGCUGUAUUUUAAUGGAAAGAUAUGCAAUUUAAAGGGUGAAACAUUACCAAAUAACUCGGUGCUAGAACGAAUCCUUCGUAUGCAGAGGCUACCAUUUAUUUCUUCAGAAUAUGUUUAUAAUACCUACUUAAAGUUUCAUUCAUUGCUAACCGAUGACAUAAUAUAUUCCAAUUUACUAAAACUGCACAAGCAUGGUGAUCAUCAAAUAUCUUCUUUCAAACAGAAAAAAACUAUUACGGAAUAUGCAGAAGACGGAAAUACAGAAGCAUUGAGAGAGUCUUACAUACAAACAUGUGCCAAAGAUAGUUCGAUUUCGAAAAAAUCAAAGCUUGAUAGCGAUCGUAAUGAAAACAAACACAUUAAUAUAUCUAAUGGAAAUGUUCCUCUUAUAUCGAGAUCAAUAUUAUUUCCAAUAAAUUUUGAAAAGACUAAUUUAUGGUAUAAUGAAUCUAACAUAAUACAUAAUGAAGAUAAUGUACAUUAUAAUAAAAAGGGAACGGAUUCUCUCACAAACACCGAAAUAUCGUGCUUGCAAAAUUAUCUUCUGUUUUCAUGUGCUAGGGAUUGUUCGAUAUUAAUGUCAUUUCGAGAAGUAAAUCCGUAAGUUACUAAAAAUAUUUCAUUCUAUAUGAUACAACUUCCAGAUGGUCAUAGUUUUAUCUGUAACAUCGGGAUUUCAGAUAUUGAUCCAAAGAGUCUUAGUUGCAUCGAAAAACAUCGUCAACGAGACACAGAUGUACUAAAUUCAGCAAUAUCAAUUCUUGAAGGAGAACUUGUGAUUGAAAAUCAAUUGUGAUUCGAAAAACGAUUAGCAUAAAAAUAGUUUCUAACUGAACGUUUAUCGUGCGACGUUCCUAGUUAUACAUAUUUUACAAAUAGCUACAACUAUAGCCAACGUAUUUCUGGAAUACGUAAAAU